AAAGCACACGCCCUCUUGCGUUAAAUGGGCCAACGAAGCUUAGCCCCCGGAAACGGGCUGUGCACUCCAGAUCUGUGAACGUGUUUGGCAGCGGCAACUAAAUUCAGAAAACAUCAUGGCAGAGCAGGUGGCUUUGAGCCGGACCCAGGUGUGUGGGAUCCUGAGGGAAGAGUUGUACCAGGGUGAUGCCUUCCACCAAGCUGAUACACACAUAUUUAUCAUCAUGGGUGCAUCGGGUGACCUGGCCAAGAAGAAGAUUUAUCCUACCAUCUGGUGGCUGUUCCGGGAUGGCCUUCUACCCGAAGACACCUUCAUUGUAGGCUAUGCCCGCUCACGACUCACAGUGGAUGACAUCCGCAAACAGAGUGAGCCCUUCUUUAAAGUCACUCCAGAAGAAAGACCCAAGCUAGAGGAGUUCUUUGCCCGUAACUCCUAUGUAGCUGGCCAGUAUGAUGAUCCAGCCUCCUACAAGCACCUCAACAGCCACAUGAAUGCCCUGCACCAGGGAAUGCAGGCCAACCGUCUGUUCUACCUGGCCUUGCCCCCCACUGUCUAUGAAGCAGUCACCAAGAACAUUCAAGAGAUCUGCAUGAGUCAGACAGGCUGGAACCGCAUCAUAGUGGAGAAGCCCUUCGGGAGAGACCUGCAGAGCUCCAAUCAACUGUCGAACCACAUCUCCUCUCUGUUUCGUGAGGACCAGAUCUACCGCAUUGACCACUACCUGGGCAAAGAGAUGGUCCAGAACCUCAUGGUGCUGAGAUUUGCCAACAGGAUCUUUGGACCCAUCUGGAAUCGAGACAACAUUGCUUGUGUGAUCCUUACAUUUAAAGAGCCCUUUGGUACUGAGGGUCGUGGGGGCUAUUUUGAUGAAUUUGGGAUCAUCAGGGAUGUCAUGCAGAACCACCUCCUGCAGAUGUUGUGUCUAGUGGCCAUGGAAAAGCCUGCCUCUACAGAUUCAGAUGAUGUCCGUGAUGAGAAGGUCAAAGUGUUAAAAUGUAUCUCAGAGGUGGAAACUGACAACGUGGUCCUUGGCCAGUAUGUGGGGAACCCCAGUGGAGAAGGAGAAGCUACCAAUGGGUACUUAGAUGACCCCACAGUACCCCAUGGGUCUACCACUGCUACCUUUGCAGCAGCUGUCCUCUAUGUGGAGAAUGAACGGUGGGAUGGAGUACCCUUCAUCCUGCGCUGUGGCAAAGCUCUGAAUGAGCGCAAAGCUGAAGUGAGACUUCAGUUCCGCGAUGUGGCAGGUGACAUCUUCCACCAGCAGUGCAAGCGUAACGAGCUGGUCAUCCGUGUGCAGCCCAAUGAGGCGGUAUACACCAAGAUGAUGACCAAGAAGCCUGGCAUGUUCUUCAACCCUGAGGAGUCUGAGCUGGACCUAACCUAUGGCAACAGAUACAAGAAUGUGAAGCUCCCUGAUGCCUAUGAACGCCUCAUCCUGGAUGUCUUCUGUGGGAGCCAAAUGCACUUUGUCCGUAGUGAUGAACUCAGGGAAGCCUGGCGUAUCUUCACACCAUUGCUGCACAAGAUUGAUCGAGAGAAGCCCCAGCCCAUCCCGUAUGUCUAUGGCAGCCGAGGUCCCACAGAGGCAGAUGAGCUGAUGAAGAGAGUGGGCUUCCAGUAUGAGGGUACCUACAAGUGGGUGAACCCUCACAAGCUCUGAGCCCUGGAAACUUACACCAUCUGCACUCUGCCUCUUCUGGCCACCCUUUCUGCAUCUGCCCUUCUCACCAUCUAACCCUCUAUUAGGACUAUUGACCUCAUAUUGGAAAGACUUUGGGACCAUAGGCCUUAGCUACACAUUCUAGUCCCUGGGCUUAGGCCACCAUUCUGUCCUAUGCUGCUGCCACUGCCACUACCACUAAGCCCAGCUACAUUCCUCAGAUACCAGGCAUUCAAAACGCAUUGCAAUGCUUUCAGGACCACCACUGUCCCUAUCUGAGCCACCCAUCUUUCCACAAGACCUGAAUCACCUCCUCCCCUCAAUCCCCUGCAGAAAGAACGCCUAUCAGUCUGUCCCUGGACUCCUUAAGAUAGGAGUUAGGAACAAUUGGGAGGAGCCUUGGGCCUUGGAGGGACAAUGACCAAACCACACUUCCCUGAGACUGUGGGCAAGCUCCUCAAAACUUAAAGUGAUCAAGGACACCCAUCUGAGAGGACCUGCCCAUAGCCACACUAGCCUUAGUGCUACUUGACAUUCCUCCUCACCAGCUGGAAGAACUCUCAUGCUGCCUAGCAAUAUUUUGGGGGCCAUAGAUAUCUCCUAAACAAUUCCAUAGUCCAUAGUCAACCUCAUCCAACCCAUGGGCAGCCUCCUUACCAAAGGAAGGUAAGAGCAGCAGCUAGAAUUUUCCUACCCCAACCCUGCCAUUAAAUCCUCAAAAAAGUU